AUGAGUGGACAACUAAGAAAAAAGGUGAAGCCUGUUGAAGGACCAAAUCUUUUAUUUCAAAGUUGGAUAAAAGAAGCAAUGGAAAAGGCAUUUAUAAAGGAUGCUAAAUCGUAUUAUGCUUAUAGAAAAGCAUUUUCCUCAUUGAAAAAGUAUCCUCUGUUACUGUUAAGUGGAAAAGACUGUAAAAUUCUUGAAGGUUUUGGAUCAAAACUAUGCGAUUUGUUAGAUGAAAAACUAGCGAAAUAUGCCAAUGAAUUACAGUUGUCGGUUAUUGAAGCAAUACAUUAUGGGAAUAAAAGUUUAAAAACAUCAACUCCAACGCCAACAGCGACACCAACAUCAACGGUGGUACAGUCAUUGUGUAGUAUAAAUCCACUGGAUGAACCUAAGGAAGAAAUCCUUUGCAAAGAACCAGAACAAAGUACACCAAAGAAUGAUGAUAUGCCUUCUUCAACUUUUGCUGAACCAAUGAAUCAUGAUAAUAAUAAUAAUAAUAAUACUGUUACCUCAGAGACAAAGAAUAAUAAUAAUGAGCGGAUACUUUUAGAAGAUUCUAGUCUACAAAAGAAGAUUGUAGAAGUUAUCCGGAGUUCAAAACAUCCCCUAGGUUGUAGUAUGUGUGAAUUAUCAGCGUGUAUACGAACAGAUAAACCAACUGAUCCAGAGUUACUCUUAUCUGAAAUCAACAGACUAAUUGAUCAGAAGAUUGUUCAUUGUGUAACUGAUUCACCAGGAAGGUUCAAGUUAAUAGAAUGUGAAUCAGAUAUUCCCAAUUCAUUAUGCUCAGAAUCCGAAGUAUCACGGGAUGGAGUUGAAAGUACAGCUGAAACAUCUUUAAAUUCCAAGACUUCAACAAGACGUUCGUUGAUUCAAUCAAUAGCCAAUGAAAGUGUUGAUACAUCUUCUGAAAUAAGCUCCUAUCCUUUAUCCUUUACAUAUGUGGAUGAAAAUGACAAUCUAGUGGUUAGUCGACAAAAUGCUCAUCAACGUGAAUACACAAUAGACGAGGAGAAAUUAUCGGGUUAUCGUAUAUGUUGUAUAUAUGAAGAUUUAAUUGUCUCCGGUUUAUCUUAUCGUAUAGACUGGAGUAGAUCACAACUCACAGAAAAUGAUGUCUCCUAUACACUUGCCUAUUUACUUGAUUCAAAUGCUCCGAAAUUAUCCACUAAGCAGAUGUUAAAUAAUAAUUCUGGGAAUAGUGGCAGCAAUGAAACUAACCCACUAGAUUCAUCACAUGAGGUAAAAGAAUUCAAAAGUAUUGAGAAUGGAACAACGACAUCAAUCAGUACCACUUCCUUGACGACAAUAGCAAUGACGACGACAACAACAACGGCGUUUACUUUUAAACCUGUUUCAAAAGUUAACGGAAACAACACAAAGACAGCAAUUAAACGAAGUAAAUCUCAAGAGAUGAGUAUGUGUACAGAGCCAACAAAAAAACUAAGUCGAAAUAAUACUAUCUCUUCAGUUGCUGAAACAACAAAGCAACCGGUAUCUCCAACACAAUUACAUCCAAUUUUGGCGCGUCAACUUAUUGAAGGCUGCCAACUACAAAAUUAUCAUUCACAACAGUCUUCUUCUUCUAAUAUACCCUUAAGUGUACAAUCAACCAAUACUGUGAGUAGUUCUGUCACGGUGAAUGUUAAUCUUCAACCUCAAAAUCAAUCUACACCAUUAUCAUCUAGUCAAAUUAUUCCAGGUGGUUCAUAUGAGAUUAUUCUAUUGGCAGAUGUUCGUGAGAAUUUUGGAUCGAAUAAAGUGAGACAAAUGCUUCCAACUGUAUUUCAAAAGUAUAAUAUCAAAUGUGAAUCAAGAGCUCUACCUGUUGGUGAUUUUCUAUGGGUUGCACGCUGGAGAGAUGAAUCAGAUUCAUUAAUGGAAGCUGUACUGGAUCAGAUUGUUGAACGUAAAAGAAUGGAUGAUUUAGCUCAUAGUAUUGUUGAUGGACGAUUUACAGAACAAAAGUAUCGUUUAAAGCGUACAGGCCUAUUACAACCGAUUUAUUUGAUUGAAGAGUGUUCAACAAUGCAUAAUCAAAAAGUUGCUUAUGAUGUUUUAAUUCAAGCAAUAUCAAAUACACAAGUGAUUGAUGGCUUUCAAGUUAUGACAAGUAGAGGUCCUGAAGAUACGGUUGACCUAUUAGCCAUGCUUUCACGUAGAUUACAAUCACGUGGUUCAAAUGAUUUAAUCAUCACCAAUCACAAAUCAAGCGAUACAUCAUUCAAGUUAAACACAAUAAAUGCAAUGGGUUGGUGUGAAUUUGUCAAGUUGGCGAAUAAAUCUCCAGAUCCAACUGUACGAGAUGUUUUUGCCAAACACCUGCUACAGAUACCUGGUUGUUCUGGACCAAAAAUCACCUCGAUCCUGCAGAAUUAUCCAACUCCGUCUAGUUUAAUGGACGCAUAUGACAAACAACUUACUACAUCACAAAAGGACAAUAUGUUGGCCAAUUUAAAACCAUCAGAUGGAAAUCGAUGUUUUGGAGCAGCUCUCAGUCGACGUAUCUCUUUAGCCUAUAAUACUUUAUAA